GAGCACUUUCGCCAUGGCAUGGUCAACCCCCGGAGAAUGUCGGUUCGAACAUCCACACGGUCUUUUGUCAUUGAGGAGAUUAUCACUAGGAGGAGAUCACUCACGAUUCAGCAAAUGAAGCUAGAAGUAACAAAAGAUACGCGCCAGACAAAUACAAAUACAUGGAGAUAGUUUUCUUUGCAUCCCUAAACACACGCACACACACAUUAACAUUAUUACACAGAUACAGAUCACACACUCUCGAGACAUCACGAACGAAAUGACACAGCGAAAAAAUUAAAAUUUUAAAUAUUUACAUCAACAGGCUGCACCUUAAUUUUUUGGCGCCGCCAUGACAGUUGCUAUUGUUUGAUUUGCUUGAUUUACAACGGUGCUGUAAAAUCAUCCCCCCCAAAAACGGAGAUGUAAUGGGUCAGGCAAAUGUCAUUUUCAGCCUCCUGGUCCAGCCGUCGGUUAAUUAAGACCCGGCUAAUGGACGUUCUACUGUAAAUAUUGACGGUGACUAACUGGCAGAUUUGGGACACAAAAAUUUAAACGCAACUGAUGUACAGAGGAGAAGCUUUUUCCGUAAAUAAUUAAUAAAAACCAGUCCGGAAGUAUUGUUGAAAAACAAAAAAAACUUUCAGCAGACGCAAAAUCGUCACACUUGCGCACUUUUGCAACGUAUCAAUCAAACCUAAGGGAGAAAGGGUCCACAACUCCACGCGUGACGUUUCAUCUAGAAAAAGGGAAAAUUUCACUCAGAUUUCGGCGCUCUGCUAGAGUGAGAUGGAAAAGCGUAUGACGAUGAAGGAAAAGUGCGCCAUUUGCUUGACCGCGUGCGCGAUAGUGUGAAAAUAGGUAAAGUUAGUGUGAAAGUUAUCCAUUUCCGUGCUAAAAACUUGCACAAUAAAGGGGAAAGAAACUUAAACGAUGGAGGUAUAUAGUUACGGUAAGAGACGAGCGGAUUUAUUGACCGCCGGUGAACGAAAUGCACAAUGUAGGUAGGUAAUGUGGGGAAAAUAUUUUCAUCCACAGGUCCCAACAACUGGGAGAAGCAAAGAAAACGAAUCGCAGCGUUUGUGAAGGAGGAACGAUUCACCAUUUACAUCGGGAAUCUGAAUGUUGCCCUGCACUGGGAAGAUGUGUUCGCCACGUUUCGUCAGUACGGCACAAUUACGGAUUUUUUCUACCCCUGUAAAAGUUCCGGCCUUGGAUUGGGUUAUGCGGUGAUUGCGUACAAAAAAAAGUUUUCCGCCUUUAAGGUGGCUGGCAAUUACAAUGGUAGAACUUAUCACAAUCAGCGUUUGUACGUCGCCUCGACCAUACGGACGCGUUACAUGACUACAAAGGACGCAACACUGUACGUCAGCAACAUCAGUGAUUUCAUCAACGAAGACAUCAUGCUGGACUUUUUCAGCACCCGUGGCUCAGUGAAGCGCGUGCAAAUCAAAUGGAAUGUGUUCGGGUAUCGGUACGCGAUCGUUACCUUUUAUUCGCAGUACUGCGCGAAGCUGACGCUAAAGGAAUGCUGUGGUACACAUCUCGGUGAUGGAUACCAUUGGAAUAUAACCGACGAAUAUUACCCGUACAACGAUGGACCGCUUACGCCGAUAAACUAUCGGAAUCUUCACUGCAUGCGCCAAAAGGAAGGAUAUGUGCGCAUCUCGGGGCUUACAAGCACUGUUACUGAGUCCGAACUGAAUGCGCUGUUCCGGAAUGUCGGUUGUUACACGCGUACAAUUCUGCUGCGUUAUGGCGGUAACCCUUCCGGAUAUGCCAUAGCUCGGUUCCCUACGGAAAGGGCAGCUUUACUGGGCAUUCGUCGAUUCAAUAACUUCAGCCGAAACGGCAUGACGAUGAAGCUGGAAUACGUACGAGUGAAUUGGGCACCGACUCAUUGUCCUGACGUAAAGUGGAAUGCCAUACCGAAAGUGCGCUCGAAGAAAUAAUAUAGAGGAAUGCGGAGUUCUACGUAGCACGAAGUUCCUCGUAUGCCGAAUCUCGGUGAUGUUCCUUUUUUCAUUCAGCAUUAGAUCAGAACUAAUGAUAAGUUGACAUUGGUGAUAUUGUAUGAUACAUAAUCAUUUGAUCGAUGGAGGAGUUUUAAUCAUUCCAUGUCAUCUAUUUAUUGAGUAUAGAGAUAAACUAUCAAUACUUGAAAUUUAAAACCCAAUGCCCAACAUAAAUUGUACAACUUUGUUUGUGUAUCCGUG